AGUGCUUCCAUUAUCUGUCUAGAACUGCAGCAGACUUCAGAACUAUUCAGAGAAUUUUUCCAUGUUCUCUAUGUUUAGUUUUUUGCAUCAUGAAAGCGCCGGUAGAAAUCAUUUUCAAGCUCCUCACCUUUCUCUUCUUCUUCCCCUACUUCUUCUUGCUAUUUUUUCUUGGAAGGGUUAAAGGUAUUUGCUCUUUUUACAUUCUAAACUAUUAGAUUAUUUAUAUAUUCCCAUUUUACUUUUGUAUGUAUGCAUGUAUGCAUUUUGGUUGUAGCUUGCUUAUGUGUUUUUUUGUGGGAUAGAUUAUUAAAAGGCAGCUGGAUAUAGGUCAUGGAAGCACAUAAAUUGUUGAGGGGUUUUCAAAUAAAUAUGACUAGAGAAACAAUACACUUCAGAUAAGAUUAUACAAAGUCAUUUUUAAUACUUUGUAUAUCACUAACACACCACCACUGUCCAUGAUUCUGCCCAUGUGACCAGCGGCAACAAUUUACUAAUUAUAGAUCUACGUAUCAUCAUCAUCUCAUAAGCUAAGUAUCAUCAUUAUCAUCUUUAUUUUAUGAAAAUAAAAAAAUUAAAAAGAUAAUGUCUAACCAACGACACUAGCUGAUUGUGAUGCAUAGUUGGCAACUCUUGUCCAUCUUUCCCUAUAUGAUGACAGCUUCUCAGCCUUGAUUUCCUUUAUUUGACAUAUUGCAUAACCCAUUUUGCUAAUUAAAGAUUGAAAAUUUUGUUAAAAAAGCAGAGCUUCCUGUUAUUUGUUUAGAACUGCAAAGGAUUCAGAAUUAUUAAAAGAGGUUUUUGUUGUUUUAUACUCGAGAUUUUUAUCAUGAAAGUGCCUGCAGAACUCAUUUUCAAGCUCCUUAGAUUUCUCUUCUUCUUUCCCUGCUUCUUUUUUAUCUUUUUUCUAGGCUGUGUUAAAGGUAUUCACUCUGUUUUACAUCCUAAACCACUAGUUAAUUUAUUUUAUUUCCAUUUUUGCUUUUUAUGUAUAUAUUGUUGUUGCAGCUUGAUGUGAUUUUCUGUAGGAUGGAUUAUUAAUAGGACGGUUGCAUUCAGGGACAGCUCUCUUAAGGGAAAGUUAGAGAAAAUCUCAACUACUUUUCCAAAAAAUUAAAUGUCAAUUUUAAUACUUUUAUAUCACUUCGAGCGAUGCUGCGAAUGACAAGCCCCGUCAAUGACACCCCCCAAAGUGUUAACGUAACUGGUGGUAGCAGUUUCCGGGACCCGCAAAAGAAUUCCGGCAUCAGUGACUGUUCAGCUGGCGGAGGGAGGCUGAGCGAUGGCUAGGAGGUCGAUGGGUGAGAAACAGAGAGAGAAGAUUGAAAUAGGUUUAGAGCUUAGGAUCAUCAAGUCUAUUUUUAGAAAUAUUUGAAAUGAAACAGAUUUGGAUGAGUUCAUACUUCAUAGAAGUAUAGAACUAUGUACUCCGUAUAAUCUAAAACAAUAUUAUAAAAAGGAUAAGAGCUGUAAUUUAACAACCGACUGACACAAGCUGAUCUGGAAGCACACAUAAUAUGACACAAGAUGAUCUGGAAGCACACAUAAUAUGACACAAGAUGAUCUGGAAGCACACAUAAUAUGACACAAGCUGAUCUGGAAGCACACAUAAAAUGACACAAGCUGAUCUGGAAGCACACAUAAUGACACAAGCUGAUCUGGAAGCACACAUAAAAUGACUCUGGUCCAUGUGUCCUCAUGCUAACUAAAUAUGAUGACAUAUUUGAUUUUUUUUUACAUUGCUAAUGAUAGAUACAGCCGUUUUCUUAAUAAUGAAGUGCUUCAUUAUCUGUCUAGAAGUGCAGCAGACUUCAGAAUUAUUCAAAGAUUUUUUUCAAGUUCUCUAUGUUUAGUUUUUGCAUCAUGAAAGCGCUGGUAGACAUCAUUUUCAAGCUCCUUAGCUUUCUCUUCUUCUUCCCCAACUUUUUCUUGCUAUUUUUUCUUGGCUGUGUUAAAGGUUUAGUCAUUGGUACCAUUCUAUCAGGUAUCAUUGGUGUUGGAAAUUCAGCUGUUGUAAUUGGACUUUGGCCAGCUCAUUUUGUUUGGACAUACUUGUGUGUGGCAAAGAGCAAAAGGCUUGGAUGUGUUCUAAAGAGUACAGUUCUGGUGUUAUUGCCACUACCUUUGAUUCUUUGGCCAAUCAUGGCGAUUCUUGGAAGCCUUUUUGGUGGCUUAGGCUAUGGAUUCUUUGUUGCCUUAGUAGCAACAUUCAAGGCCAUUAACGAGGGAGUCACUCACAAAAUCUAUCAUUGCUUUGUUGAUGGUACGGUGUCUACUAUCAAAGAGGGCCUCACUAUAGUAAUGGAUUUUACAGACUUUUGCUUCCACUCUUACUUCUCCUACAUGGAUGAACUUUGUGAGGAAGUGCAUCUCGAUGAGAGACUCAUGGACGUAAAGUUGUCAAACUUGCCUACUAGUCUUCUGGUUUCUGUGCUUGCUAUUAUUGUGGAUGUGCCCCUCAUUACUGCUGUUGCUAUUUGGAAGAGCCCAUGUGUGUGGUUUAGGGGUUGGAAACGUAUGUUAGAGGACUUGGUUGGAAGAGAAGGCCCAUUCUUGGAGACUGCAUGUGUCCCUUUUGCAGUUCUUGCAGUCCUUUUAUGGCCUCUAGUGGUAGCGGGAUUUGUUGUAGCAUCCUUCGUUUCGAGCUUUUUUCUUGCAAUGUAUAGCGGGGUUGUUGUUCAUCAGGAAGACUCAUCUCGGUUCGGACUCGCAUACAUUGUGGCAGCAGUUUCAUUGUUUGAUGAGUACACUAACGACUUACUUGGCCUGAGAGAGGGAUCAUGUUUCAUCAGGCCUAGAUACCGCAGAGACACAAGUUCUUCUAGUGAAGAUGAACUCGAAAACAACUCAAUUGAUCAUCGCAAUGAAAGGGAAGAAUCACGAAGUCCGAGUAUGGGGUCCACACAACCGAGGCAAGCUAAGCAGAAAUAUACACCAAUGCAGGUGUGGGGAUGGCUUUUUAAAUCGUGUGAGGUGAAUGGAAGAACACUACUCCGUGAAGGUCUAAUAGCUAUCGAAGAUAUUGUGGACGGCAUUGUGAAGGGAAAUUCGAAAAACCUAGAUGUCAAACUUCCUGCUUUCUCCAUCUUACAGUGUCUUCUUGAAUCAGCAAAGUCCUAUUCGGUUGGCUUGGUCAUUUUUGAUGGAGUGGAGUUAACAAAGACUAGUUGCCCGCAAGACAUAAUAUUUGAGUGGUUUGUUGGACCACUUUUAGUCAUGAAGGAGCAAAUGAAGAUACUUCAACUUGGAGAUGAAGAGGAAGUUUGCCUAAGGAAGCUGAUAAUGUGUUGCCAAAACGGCAGGUCCACUGAAUCGGACGAUAUUGGAUUCUUAUCCAAUGACAAUGUUAGAAGAGCGCAAUUACUAGCGAUAAUGAGGAGGUUGCAGGGGAUUGGUAAAUCAAUAUCACGUAUGCCUACAUAUCGGAGGCAUUUUAAGAACUUGGUGAAGCAGUUAUACCAUGAGGCAAAAGAGACCAGCCUUAGCAACAUUGAAGAAGUUCCCAGUUCUAGCCAAGGCAGUGGCAGCAAAUGCAGACAUAGUAGAGAAGAAGAAUCAGAGGGUGGGAAUGUAUGUGUGGAGAAUGAGCAAGCUCUUCGGAUCAAUGCAAAUACUGUGUGAAUAAAUAACCCUUUUUGAACCAUUAUAAUGACAGUGAUAUUCUCAAAUGAGGUGUUACAGAGUGAACUUUUGGAGAACCAUAUAGUAUUUUGAUGUGAUUUAUUGUUAUGGUUUACCUAUAUUUAUGGUUUUUAGACUCCAUUUGUUGGAGCAAGUAACCUUUUGCCUUAAUUAGUAGACUAAGGACGAUUGUGCAAAAAUGCGUUUUCUUUCAAAAAGUUCAAAAGUUUAUUCACUUCAAUCAAAUAACAAUCUUGGUUAUUAAAAGUUUAUUCAAUUCAACCAA